AUAUAAGACCAAGUCGUUUGAGCGUUUCAACCCCAAACAUGGAAGAAAGUAGUAGUAGUAGCAGCAGUAGCGCUGGUAUCAUCACAACCGCGUCGCAUCGUACCCAAUCAUUUCCGUCCAACAACGGCGUGAUGGAUCAUCAUCACCGUCCAUUGCUAUCAUCGGCCAACGGUGCUGAUGAUGAUGAUGAAGAUGAUGGUGGUGGCCGUGGUAGCGGUCGCUCUCAAAACGACAGCGGACCUAACGAGGUGGAGCGCUCCCCAGCACCAACACCAACACCAAAGCCUCCCAAUUACAGCUGCCGUCAUUCUUCUAGUACCGGCCCUAGCCGCACCAGCAGCAGCAGCGCUACUACUACUAGUACUAGUACUGGUAUUGUCUUCCCUGACCGUGUUGUUGUUGUUACCAACAAUGGGAGUGCAACUGCUGGCCUAGCCGCUGCUGCAGCAGCAACAACUUUGCAGCCUUUUGACUUUCCUUGUUCUAUUACCAACACCGCCUCCAAAUCCCCAGGAGGAGGAGGGCUUGGAAUGGCGGCAGCUUCAGCAGCUCUGGGUUUUCCUUUUACAGCGGUUCAAUGGAAGGAGCUUGAAAGACAAGCUAUGAUCUACAAAUAUAUGAUAGCAUCUGUACCCGUACCUUCCGAUCUUCUCUUACCUGCAGAUCCAACUGCCGCUCCCUGUCUAUAUGGGAAUAGAGAUCUAGAGCCAGGGAGGUGCAAAAGAACGGAUGGCAAGAAAUGGAGAUGCUCUAGAGAUGUGGCUCCUCAUCAGAAGUACUGCGAGCGCCACAUGCACAGAGGCCGUCCCCGUUCAAGAAAGCCUGUGGAACAACUUCAGUCUUCGUCCGUAUCUCCCGACGACAAUCCCAACAACAACAUUAGCAAGAAGUCCCGCCUUCACCACACCUCCCUUCACCCUAACCCCACUGUUGCUCAACCAGACAACCAUUCCUCUCCACAGUUUCAAGGAACCGGCACCAUCCAGCAGCUCAAGGACCCUCAACUUCUUGAUGCAUCAAUUGCUUUCAAUAGUAUCUUUGCAUCUUCUUGCAAUUACAAGGAAUCCAACAGGGUUUUCGGCUGGGCCGUGGAUGGGGAAGUUAUGGCAGCAAAUCGGGUUGAGCAAGAGUCGCUGCAUUUGAUGGACACCAGAAGAAGAGAGGGAUUGGCUCCUAUCCGGGGCUAUAUCUACGGCACUAACGCCUCCACUCUGCAACAGGGCUAUGGCGAGGAGGGGCCAUUGAACUUGUUUUCUUAUGCUACUGAAAUUGCCUACCCGGGGGGUAUCCACAGCCGGAACGAUGAGUACUACCAUGCGUUCCUGAACUCUGAUUUAAUUGCAUCGAAGCAGCCUCAGAUAGACCAGCACUGUCCUCCUAGGGGCUUUAUUGAUGCGUGGUCAAAUGGGGAUUUAAAGACAAUUGACGAGUCCUCGGUGCCAUCUUCAAGAGGGAAUGGCCUGUCCCCUUCUUCUCUCCCGCUUUCGAUGGCUAUGGCGGCAGGAAAUGCACUUGAUGAAGGGACGGGACUGGCCGAAGAUUCUCAUCCCCGUAUGCCCACGCCCAAAGAUAGCCCUGUUUCUUGGCUGCCUCUCAUUCCAGGUGGGCCACUGGCUGAGGUUUUGCAGCCUAACUCCGUCGCUUGUGGAUCAAAUCCGGCAUCUCCAUACGCUAGUAACGGCGACUCAGUCAGCCCUCCGGCAACCACGGUUUCAUCACCCACUGGCAUUUUCCAAAGAGCGUUGUUUUCUCAUUCUGAUGGCAGCGUCUGCAACAGCCCAGCUCUAGCGGCUUCGGCUGCUCCACCAGAGGUCGUCGCUUUCCAGUGGCUUAAUUGAGAGUUUAAGGGGCUGCAAAGAUGGUCAAGCAUUUUAAUUUCUUGACAGUCUAUAACUUUGAUUCCUUAGUUGUGGUUGCUUUCGGUUUCUCAGACGAGUUUUUAGGCUUAAAGUUUUUUUUUUUUUUUUUUUGGAAAGAUACAUUUCUUGAUGCUUCCUUUGUCGUCUUAGUGUGCACCCUCCGGAAUUCUCUUAAUUUCCGUGGUGUAAAGGUAGUUAAUAGCGUUUUGCUUCAAUUUUCGGGCUAUACAAUCAAGCUAUUACGAACCUUUUCUUUUCUUUUGGUUUCUAAAAAGGCUCCCAGACACAGAUGCUAUAAUAGAAAAAAAAAAAAAAAAAAAAAAGAAGAA